UUGUUCCAUGCUAUGCAAAAUAUAUUUCAUUCUAACGUAGACCACAUGUUUCAGUCUGCGACUUCGUCUGGUAUGUAGGCAGUGAUUACUGAAGGGAGACUGUUAUGUAGGUGCAUCGCUUUUGGUCCCCAACCAACUCAAUGUUAACAUCCAAUCGCAUUCUCGGUGCUGGAAAACUCUGUGUGCACAGACGCUGGGAACAACGCAGAAAGGAGACUGGUGGAAAUGGACAUAUGUUUGGAGGCGGUUGGGAAAGAAGCAACGAUGAAGUCAAGAUGUUUCAAGCCUUCGAGAAAGUUGCGAAGGAAAUUGGCGCGAAAAGUAUCUCCUCAGGCUCUGGUAAAUUAUCGCAUCUUUCUUUCUGUUUCUUGCUACUAGUAUGAAUCACUUCCCAUCUCAUACUACACCUUCUCGAAUUGCGUAUACUCACUAAAACGUAUCAUGUCUUUCUCUAUGAAUAUAGAUGUGAGCAAAU